GGAGAGUGCUGGCUCCUUUAGACCAAGAUAGGGGGAAAAGACUGAAUAAAAGGAAACCGUGCCAGUGAGCCUGUAAUGACCACAAAACCCCACGGAGGAGCCUAAAGACACCGCCAUUGGAUAUUUCUCCCUUUUCUCUCGUUCUUCUCAUGCGUUCCUCGCUGUGGAUUAUUGUGUUUGGCACCGGGGCGGACGGAAUGGAUAAGGCCAUGGCCCUAACAUAUUGAAUAGCUCGUUGGUGGUGGUGGGGGGGAGGCGAGACGCGCACCGUGGAGACAAUUCAUGGGGCAUUGUGCGGGGAGGAAAAUGGUGGAUUAUUUGCACUGUAUCUUAAAAACCUUCCAUUGUGUGGAUAUCCUGCUAUAAGACACUGUUUGGUGGCAUAUCUGCGGCUGUUUGGGCCGUGUCUACAGUCAUUGAGGUCGUGUUAUAGCGGUAGGUAGGUAGGUACCCCCUCUCCUGCUCGAUCAGAGCGACCUCAGACAUUUCAAUUUUUUUUAUAUACAUGUAGGAUUCGUGUAUCCUUGCUACGCGUUCACCCUCCCCUCCCCGAAAAGUAACAUUUGGAAACAAUAAACUGUUGGGAUUACUGAACUAUGGAUUUCAACAGCAGCGGUGGCGGAGGGGGCAGCGAGCUGCACAACAACCAGUUUUAUCAGUGCGAGGAGAACAAGCCUCUGCUGGGGGAGAUGUCGGAAGGGAAUAAUAACACCAAGCUGGGCGCAGGGCCGUGCAAGAGGUCCCUGCACCACUGCAGCAGCAGCGGGAUGCGCUACAAGCUGCUCCACGAAGGGGACAUCCAGGUGUGCGUGGUCAAACACCCCCGCACCUUCCUCAGCAAGAUCCUCACCUCCAAGUUCCUGCGGAGAUGGGAGCCGCACCAUCUCACGCUCACAGACAGCAGCCUGACCUCGGCCACCCCCACUGGUUACAUGGAGACAUCAUUGUCCUACAGCUCCAUAGAGGACCUGCAGCUCCUUUCAUGGGACAAUGCUCCAAAGUACUGUGUCCAGCUCAGUUUCCCUGGUGGCACCGUCCUGCUGCAGGCUGCAAACAGCUACUUAAGGGACCAGUGGUUUCACUCCCUGCAGUGGAAGAAAAAGAUCUACAAGUACCGUAAGGUCCUGAACAACCCCAGCCGCUGGGACGUGGUGCUGAAGGAGAUCAGAGCGCUGGUGGACAUGGCUCUGACCUCUCCACUGCAGGAUGAGUCCAUCCACCAGGCUCCACUGCACAUCAUCUCCACCCUGCUGGCUGAGAACUCUAAUCUCAGCACUCAGGAUCAUGAGAACAUCAUUGUGGCCAUUGCUCCUCUUCUGGAAAACAACCAUCCACCACCUGACCUGUGUGAGUUCUUCUGUAAGCACUGUCGGGAGCGGCCGCGGUCGAUGGUCGUGAUUGAAGUGUUCACUCCUGUGGUCCAAAGAAUCCUCAAACAUAACAUGGAUUUUGGGAAGUGCCCUAGACUGCGUCUCUUCACUCAGGAGUACAUCCUGGCUCUCAACGAGCUCAACGCCGGGAUGGAGGUCGUCAAGAAGUUUGUCCACAGCAUGCAUGGGCCUACAGGGCAGUGCCCUCACCCUCGUGUCCUGCCAAACCUGGUGGCAGUUUGUCUCGCUGCCAUUUACUCCUGUUAUGAGGAGUUCAUCAACAGUCGGGAUAACUCUCCCAGCCUGAAGGAGAUCAGAAACGGCUGCCAGCAGCAGAAUGACCGCAAACCGCCAAUGCCGCUUCGUCUGCUGCGGCCCGAGCCUCCUACGCCGCCUCCCACCACCAUACUCCCCCUCUCCACCAACCCUAGCCCCCCUCAGCCGCCUCCCCCCGCCCCCUCGAACCCCUCUCCGUCCAUCCCCAUCUCCUCCCCGACACCCUCCCUGCCCCUCUCCCCUCCCCCUUCCGUCGUCAACUCCAGCGAGAUCCUGGUGGAGCUAGAGCGCAACAACAACUCGGCCAACGCCAAGCGGAAGGUUGGGCCGUCCGGGGGCGACAGUGAACCCAACCUCAUCGACUGUCUGCUGGUCAGCCCGGCCGUCAACACUCUGUCCAUCCAGCUGCCGGCUCAGGCCGACCGUGUGCUGGGCUGCUUCGCUCUCAUCCUUAAGAUGCUGUCAGACUAUGAUGACUGGAGACCUGCUCUGGCCAGCCUGCUGCAGCCCAUCCCCUUUCCUAAAGAGGCCCUUGCACAUGCCAAAUUCACAAAGGAACUGAAAUAUGUUAUUCAGAGGUUUGCGGAGGACCCGAGGCAGGAGGUCCAUUCCUGCUUACUCAGCGUGCGUUCAGGUAAAGACGGCUGGUUCCAGCUCUACAGUCCAGGAGGAGUGGCCUGUGAUGACGAUGGAGAGCUGUUUGCCAGUAUGGUUCAUAUCUUGAUGGGCUCCUGCUAUAAGACCAAGAAGUUCCUCCUCUCGUUGGCUGAAAACAAGCUGGGUCCCUGCAUGCUGCUGGCCCUGCGUGGAAACCAAACCAUGGUGGAGAUCCUGUGUCUGAUGCUGGAGUACAACAUCAUCGAGAACAAGGACACCCAGCUGCAGAUCAUCUCCACCCUGGAGAGCACCCAGGUCGGCCUCCGCAUGUACGAACAGCUCUGCGACCGACAGAGAGAGCUCAAAGAACUGCAAAGGAAAGGAGGCCCCACCCGUCUGACUCUGCCCUCCAAGUCCACGGAUGCAGAUCUGGCUCGCCUGUUGAGUUCAGGCUCUUUUGGAAACUUGGAGAACCUGAGCUUGGCCUUCACCAACGUCACCAGUGCCUGUGCUGAGCAGCUCAUCAAGUUGCCUUCACUCAAACAGCUCAACCUCUGGUCCACACAGUUUGGGGAUGCAGGGUUGAGGUUGUUAUCCGAGCAUCUGGCCUGUCUUCAGGUGUUAAACCUGUGUGAGACUCCCGUCACUGAUGCUGGUCUGCUGGCUCUCAGCUCCAUGAAGAGUCUGUGCAGUCUGAACAUGAACAGCACCAAGCUUACAGCUGACACAUACGAGGACCUCAAGGCCAAACUGCCCAACCUGAAAGACGUGGAUGUCCGGUACACAGAGGCCUGGUGAUCGACCACGCUCACACACACCCUCAUUACAUAACCAGACACACACAUAAACAUAUGCACACCCUGCACACCGACUCAGACACAUAUAUGAAAAAUUGUGUGGUGAUGUCAUCUCCAUCGUCGUCAUCAUUAGACCUGGAAGUCUGACAUCAUGGCAGCGGGAGGAUUACCUCAUGUAACCAAAACAUGGUUUAAAGGAGGUUCAGAUGUCAUCAAACAACCCCCCCCCCCCCAGUCACCAGGAAAGAACUGUCACUUUUUUUCUAAAUGAGAAAUCUUUCUGGACCUUGUCGCUCCCCUUACUUGUAGAAGGACUUGUUUUUACUGAUCAGAGGACAUGCAAGGACCUGCCAUGUUGUGACAAAAGGGACCCUUUUCUCUCUCUGCCUUUAUCCUUUGUCCUCUCUUUCAUAUGUGGUUUCGCAUUUUUCUUAUAGUCAUAUACAGCCAACUGUGCCCCCUCCCCUCCCCACCACCUCCACCUGUGUGUCGUAUCAUGAGGAAGAUCUGAAUCAUACCCCUUCGCUCCACUCAUAGCCUUCCUCCAUCUGUUUUUCCCCCUCUCAUGCCCUGGUGCAAUGAAGGCUGGAUAUCAGAUCCACGAUGUAGCUCCGUUGAACUGUUCCUCCCUCUCAGUUGUCACCCUCAACCUCUUCAGCUCCAGUUUUCAGGUUUCUGAUUCCGGCCUUUUUCAAGUCUUUUCAUUGGGGAAAAAAAAUGAGGUGCUACCUCCACAAGAAAAGAAGAAGUUUGCAAGACUGUGCCUAUUCCUCAUAUACGACAAGUUCACACUCUUAAAAGGAAAAGACGAGGAAAAAAAACAGUUUUUAUCAACUUGAAUGAACAUAUUUUUCCAGACAUCUGUGCUUUCAUAUAUUGCGUGUUUCUAUAUAAAAACAUGCGUAUAUGAAGACGACCCGCCAGUGAUGAAACAUUUCAGAAACAUUUUCGGGAGAUCUGCAGGAGAGUUUUAACAGCGAUGGCAACAUUUGUUCCUUUUUCAUUUGUUUUCAGUGUACAUACUGAUGAUCUCCCAUUUACUAUUUAAUAGGACAGUUGUGUAGCAGUAGCUGGGUGGUCUGGGACUGCCUGAUAUUUAUAAGUUGUGUCUCUAAAGCCUCCUUUUACUCUGUCUCUCCUGGAUUUUGUUCUGACGAUAAUGAAGUACCCAGUCCCUGUUAUCUACUUUCAUUUUUAUUUUCUGUUCUGCGACCCCCUUAACACAAGAAGCCAACCCAAGAGGGCGCCCGUACACGGAUCUCUCUGCGCCGUGCCACGGUGGUAGCGUAGACCUGUGAUGUAAAGUGGGACAUUCUUAAGUGAACCUGUAAAACGAGACCUAUCACCAGCUGAGAGUUUGUAUAUUUUCAUAUCCUCUGCUAUUUUUUGUUGUUGUUUCUUGGCUCUGAUGGUUUGAAAAGAAGAAGAAAGGACAUUUGCCAAACAUCUUCAUCAAAAUGUAGUUUUUUUUUGUUGUUGUUUUUGUGCACUUGCUUCAUCAGGCCAACACGAGCUUGGUUUCUAAUCAAAGCUGAUGAAGUCGUGAACUUGUGGCGACCCGCCUGUGGAGAGACACUGACACUGUUUUGCCCCUGCCUAACGUCUCCGGGCCUCCCUUCCACGGUCGGAGUGGAGUGGAGGGUCACAGCGCCUCUAGUGGAGCUGUGGAUGAGUUGCCUCUAUCUUUCUACCUGUCACAACACCUGUUUUCAACUGUUCUGCUGUAUUUAUAUAUUGCGCCAUACAUAAUACAUGGGUGGCAUUUUCAGGCUAAUUCUCAUCUAAAGUAUGGGACAAAAAUUUACUGUACAUAUUCUAUUACAAUGGGCUAUAAGGGACAAAAGUUUGGAAGAAAAAAGGCACCUUUCGGCCAUAUUUGCCCAUCUACAUUCCCUCAAGGUGUCGCCUGUUUAUUGCGGCGACAUUUCAUACGAUGUGGUAACUGCCCUGACACACUGCAAGUCUGUCAGUUUCCCCUCUCUGUCUUGUGUCAGUACCCUACCAAACACACACACACGCACGCACACAUACACACGUCAGAGUUCCACCCUCUUUUUUCCAGUCAGCCUCAUUCUGACUGCAUCCAUCCAUUUCUAUUUAUACGUGUCCACCUCCAGAUGCUCCGGAUGUUUGUUUGAAUCGAGGCACAAGCUGCAGCAGAGGACAGAAUGCCGUCCGCUCCCACACGCUUUGUUUCCUAUUUAUUGGGUGCCAUGACAGUUUUUUCUGUUUGGCCUGUAGACUCAGUUUAUGUACGGCCAUCUUCAGGUCUGGCUUUAAAGACCUUGUUGCUCUCUUUCAUAUCCUGUAUGAUGUAUAUACCAGUGUAUAUAGUCGUCUCCUCCCCUAACCCAACCCUUCCUCCUUUUUUCUUCUUCUUCUUCUUCUUCUUCUUCAUCCCUUUUUCUGUAUUUCUCUCAGCCUCCUUCCAAUCGGCAGGCUGAUGUUGCCUUCAUCUUAACGAUGUGUGUGUGGUUGUUUGUUUUUUCACACAAAGUGCACUGUAAUCUAAAAAAAAUGAUGUUUUCGAUGAGUAAUAUCUUUUAAGUUUCCAACUUUAUUGAUUUGAUCACUUUAAUCAAUCAUUUGUUUCUUGUGUUUUUGUUUAGUUGUUUUGUUUGUUGUUGUUUUUUUGCAUGUAUACAUGUCGCUGCAUCAUCUGGUAUUUUUAUUUUGUAAGUUUGUUUUAUAAAAGGUUUGAAAUAUAAAGGGUGUGAUCACUAUCUCACUGAGGUUAAGGACUGAAAUGGAGAGAUCCGGUCAAACUAUUUUCUUAUUGGUUGUUGCCAGGAUCUACCCCAUGAGCCCAGACAGAUGCUGUUGGUCGAGGCAGUCAGGGUUAGACUGAAGAAAAAAAAGCCAAUACUGUCACUUUUAGACUGAAGCUGCCCUCGGCUGAGAUUUUAUAAUGCAAGUUUGACCACUUUCAUAUCAAUCAUUCAACAGAACAUAUUUCUUGUUUCCCCAAGAACUGUAUUGUAAUCCUGCCACAUGAUCAUAUCAGUGGUGGAUCACACUGACUGACUUUUAUUUUGAAAUAAAGGUGCUGGUUCCACACAUCAGUUUAAACUUACUGUAGUUUAGUUUUACCCCAAAAGUUCUUUAGGUCAGGUUGUUGUAGAGGAAUAGUUUGACAUUUGUCUUUUUUGCUUUCUUGCUUGAGAGUUAGAUGUGACGAUUGAUACGACUCACAUCUAUAAACUAAAUGUAAACCUACAGCCAGCCAUUGGUUAGCUUAGCUUAGCAUAGUUUAGCAAUACUAGAAACAGGGAAGAGGCUAGCUUAGCUCUGUCCAAAUCAUAUAGCUCACUAAUUAACACUUCAUAUUUCAUUUGUUUAAAUUGUGAACCAAAGCAUACAAUGUCUCCACUGGUUGCCUAGUAUAGACACUAGGAAAUAAAAAUAUCUAGCCAUGAAAUAUCUGGUACAUAAUCCAAAUAAAACCACAUUGUUUUUACACAAGAAAAACAAGAUAUCACAUUAGUUCAUUAGUGAGCUUUAGAGUUGCUGGUAGGCUGAGAGUCUUUAUGCUAACCAGCUUCUUAUUUAACAGACAUGAGUGAUGUAUCAAUUUUCUCAUCCGACUCUGCAAGAAAGCAAAUGAGCACAUUUUCCAACAUGUUAAGCUGUUAUUUUAUAAAAGAAUAAGUGGGCAGGAUUGGGGAAAUCACAUCACUGAACUCAUCUGACAGUUUUUGGCCAUGACUGUGAGCCAGCAUGUUGAGAUUACAACGGAAGGUUUUUUUUUUGUUUUUUUUUUAUAUUACUGUAGAAGAUGUGAUGGUUGAAUAGAAAACGCCUCUUCUGUUGUGUCAUGUCUCUGUAUCCUGUGGAGCUCACUGUGCUUUGCUUUUGGUUCCCAUCCUGAUCCCUUCCUCUUUGUCUGUUAUUUCUCUGAUGUUUUUUACUCCUCACAAACUGUAAAGAGUUUCUACCAUGUCCAAGUUGUGUACAGCUGUGCUCUGGUCUUAACAGUUGUUAUGGAAGGAGCAGGGUCAGAUAUGGCAAAUCUGACAGACUGAAAAAAACAAAAAAACAAUGACUCAUGAUUCCUUUGUAGUAAAAUCUUUUUUGGCAGCUGGAAAAAGGGCGCCCAUCAUUUUUUCUCUCUUUUUCAGUCGUUCUCCACAUUGAUCUGCUUCUCCUGCUGGGUUAUUAUUAUUAUUGCUGCUGCUGCUGCUCUGUGGCUGUUGUAAUAAAAAUACAAAAGAUCUUCAACAGGAAAAAUAACAACUAUGAUGUGAAAUAAUUUCAAUCAAAAUUAAAUUGUCUGUGAAUAUGUUUCA